AUGGUAUCUAGAGCCAAAUCCUUGGCGUUUUGUCCCAAUCUAUAUCUCUUGUGGCGCGCCCUGUCCCGUCGUCGCGCCGCCCUCCCCCUCCCCCACCUCGUGACGCGCCCUAACCACCGCCGCGUCGCGCGCCCUGCCCGUCGUCGACGUGCGCGCGUCGACGGCGACGUGUGCGGCCUCCCCGCCGUCGAUGCGCGCACGCGUCUUGCCCACCGCCCUCCAUAUCUCCGGCCACCCUUCCCUCCUCCCAGCCACCCUUCCCUCCUCCCGGCCACCCUUCCCUCCUCCCUGCCACCCCUCCUUACCCUCUCAUGGGCGGCCUGCCUCACCUCCCUGCAGGCGCCUUCCCCCUCCCCGUGGUGCACCUUCUUCUGCCGUUUCUGCACCACCUCCUCCUUCUCCCUUCACCCCAUCCGCCUCUUCACCCUCCUCCUCCUCUCCUCAUUCCUUCCUCCCUUCCGUGCCUCUCCUCCCUUCCUCCACCUCCUUCCCCUCCGCAUCUGCCACCUGGCUGCGUGUUACCGAUUGCCACUUGGUGAUCGUGCCCCUCCUUCCUCCACACACUCCGCUCCUUCACCCUCCUCCUCCUCUUCUCUCUCCCUCUAUUUCCCCCACCCUCUCACCUCUUCCUCCGCCUCUCUUCUCUUCCUAUCUGCUGCAGCUGGUAGCUCAGCUGACUACCUCAUCCCUAUUCCUCCUCCUCUUUUAUCUCCCCACAUCUGCUCCAUUGCUACCCCCUUCCCUCGAUGGGGCCUAUUCUCGCUCUUACCUCUCCUCCUCUGCACUUCCGCCCUCACCCGUCUCCUGCCGUACCUCCUCUCCCACCCUUUCCUUUCCCAAUCUCCGCUCCCUUCGCUGCCCCUUCCUCCCCUUGCACCUCUCCUACUUGCCAAUGGACCUCCCCUGUUCUUCGCCCCUCUGCUUGGGUUCCGCUAUCGCAUCACCGUCGCCACUCUUGUGCUGCUGUCACCUCUGGUAUUGGUUCUCUGGCCUCUGCCUUCAGUGUGA